AUGGCUAAGAUCUCCGUCAAGGAAUGGGAUAUGGUUAAGACACUCAAUGAGUUCAGGAUCCAAGUAGAAUCUCAAUGUACAAGAGCAUAUCUUAGUGCGCAGAAGGUGAUGCCUAAGUUGAUUAAUGAGGUCCUAGAGGCCCAGAAGCACGAUCAAGAGGUAGCCUACAUCAAGGGACAUCUGGAAUCAGGAGAGCCCAUGCCCAAUUGGAUUGAGGCUGUUCAUGCGAGUCUGAACCGGGCGGCACCACCGCAAAGCAGAGUGAAUGCCAACUUUCCGGAGGGUUUGAGUGUUCUUGUGGUUGAUGACAACGCUGUCUGCCUCAAACUUGUUGCUGCUCUUCUCAACAAGUGUCGCUAUAAAGUUACGGCGACAACAAAAGCUACAAAAGCUCUUAAAAUGCUGAGGAAGAACAAAAAAAGCUAUGAUAUUGUGAUUACUGAUGUUGUAAUGCUUGAUAUGAAUGGUUUCGAACUUUUGGAGAUAAUAGGCCUUGAAAUGGACAUGCCAGUAAUAAUGAUGUCUGCAAACGAUGACAAAGAAUCGGUAAUGAAGGGGGUAAGGCAUGGAGCUCGAGAUUACCUGAUAAAGCCAGUUCGGUUGGAAGAAGUGAAGAAUAUUUGGCAGCAUGUGGUCCGGAAAAAUCUAUUUAAUACAACGAAAUCUGGCACCGUGCAGGCAGGAACAGAUCAAAACCCCCCAAUUCCAUCUUCAAAGAGGGUUAGUUGGACUGCAGUGUUGCAUAGCAAGUUUGUCGAUGCUGUUCGGCAGCUAGGAGUAGAUAAAGCAGUUCCAAAGAAGAUACUCGACAUCAUGAAUGAACCGGAGAUCUCUCGACAAAGUGUUGCUAGCCACCUUCAGAAGUACAGAAAUGCCUUAAGGAAGGAGAACACAAAAGCUAAAAUGAGCCAAGAAAGCAAGAACAAUAUCAAUUCAAACAAAACAAACGGGCUUCUAUCCAAUACAAUCACCACAUCUUGUAUUAAUCAAGGCCUAAACACCAUCAAUCAUCACAACAGAUUUGCAGAACAAUACAUGAGUACUGGGAUCACCUCAUUUGGUAGCUGA